CUUGUAGGUCUAAAGGCUGGUUUCACUCUAUUAGUCGUUUUUUUGCGAUUCAACUAGCCUUCGAUUUCUGACUUAAGAAUUCCAUGUGUUGCAUAAGGAGAACUGCACAUUUUCUGGCCCUUAUAACGUAUUCUAUGCAAAAAUGUAUCCUUAAAGAUACCCUGCUAUCACCCAUUAGGAAUAUAAGAGAAUUAUUUUACACGCGACCCAUGCAUUUUAUUUAACACAAUAGAUAUUUUUAUCAUAAUUCUACCGAUGUCUUGGAAGAAUGCCAUGUAACGAAUUUCCUUCAGAGCACAAGAUCCGAUCGUGACCGGCAUUGAUUGCUGCGCGGCAAAAUACGCUUCGUGCACGACUUUGUUAUAUAUUAAUAAAAAAGCUACCAAAGAUCGGUUUUAGCCUUCGCGGCACUAUGACAAUGCCGAAACAAAAACCGCGUCGAGCACGUUUUACCUCGAUCUGCGGUUUCCUAUAUAAAGAUUUUCUACAAACCUCACAUCAGUAUCAAUAGUCGCGAGGCUGACAACAGUUCGAUUUCUUCAUCUGGAUGCAAUUUAAGUGCACCGAGCGAAUGCCUCUAUUCUGCUUCGUGGAGAAGUCGGUCCUAGCGUUCCUCAUCAACGACCAUUACAAAUAACAGUCCUUUCAAAUAACUUUGAAGGAUUGUUUAACAUACUUGAACCUGAAACGUUUAAGUAUAAUUAAUACGAGGAUACCAAAAAAUCCUGAAUAUUAUCUGGAUUACGUUUUUUGGAUCGUCCAUUGGACAGUUUUUUUGACAUAAAAAUUCCCUGAAGAAACAUGGCGCCGCAAUUUGGUACCGUUGAGGUGGAUCUGGAUCAGAUCCUGAGGGAGAAUUUUACCAAUGCUUUUCGUACUGGUUACAUCACUGUCGAUGGGGUCUGCUUACCGGAGUAUUAUAAAAAAUUUGCUGACGCUAUUGAGGAUAUGGAAGUGCGGGAUGAUGACGUGUGGGUCUGCAGUUUUCCAAAAACUGGUACAACUUGGACUCAGGAAAUGAUCUGGUGUAUCGCGAAUGAUCUGGACUUCGACCAAAGCAAAGUAUUAUUGUCUGAGAGAUUUCCAUUUUUGGAUCAUUCACCCCUGUUUGAUUAUUCAACCAUAAUACCUCGUACUCCUGGCUUAGAUUUGCCCGAAUUGGUUCUUGAUAGUGUGAGCUUUGUGGAAAAAUUACCAAGUCCUCGUUUCAUUAAGACCCAUUUGCCUUUUAAUUUGUUACCGCGACAAUUGAGAACUGGUGAGAAAAAGCCAAGAGUCAUCUACGUUGCCAGAAACGCAAAGGAUACCUGCGUGUCUUAUUAUCACCAUUGUAAACUUCUCGAGGGUUAUCGCGGAAGUUUCGACGAUUUCUGUUCCCUCUUUUUGGGAAAUAAAUUAUGCUAUGCGCCAUUUUGGAAGCACGUUCUUGGAUUCUGGAACAGAAGGAAUGAUGAAAACUUUCUGUUUCUGAGAUAUGAAGAUAUGAAAGCUGAUCUACCUUCGGUAAUGAAGAAAGCUUCUGCGUUUCUUGGUAAAGAUUUAAACGAAGAACAAAUAAAAACUCUUAAGGAGCAUCUUAGCUUUGCUAAUAUGAAAGCAAAUCCGGCAGUCAAUUAUGAGGAAGUGAUUGAAAUUAAUAAGAAAUUCAAGUUGAUCGAAACCGAUGGAGAAUUCAUGAGAAGCGGCAAGGUCGAUCAAUGGAAGGGCAAGAUGUCUCCGGAAGUGAUUAAUCAAUUCGACAAUUGGACCAAUGAAAAUCUCAAAGGAACCGGACUUAGCUUUUAAGAGUAUCGAAGAGAUAUAAUGUCGAUAAAAGUAAUUGAAUCUGAUACCUUAUUAUGGAACAUGUAAAUAGUAUACAUACAUAUGUACAAUAUUUUUCUAUGCAUUUGUAAUCUUAAUAAAAUUACAUCCAUCCAUUAA